UAUAGCAGAAUAAAUAUACUAUUAUAUAAUAAAGACUUUACGUAAUGGGUUUACUCAAUAAGGUUUUCUACAGGAUCGGCUUAGGAGUGACAAGACAUCCUUUCAUUGUCUUCAUUUCAGCCUUCCUAAUAACCGCUCUAGCAGGACUGAGUUUUAUCAAUUUCAGAGCAACUGACGAUCCUCAAGAAUUGUGGGUCCCCAAAAGUAGUCGUGCUAAUCUUGAGCAAGAAUACUUUAAAAGUCAUUUUGGAUCAUUUUUCAGAAUUAAUGAAGCUUUCUUCUCUCCAGCUGAUGAGUCUAAGGAUACUCAGGAUAUCUUUAGACCAUCAUACCUCCACUUAUUAUACUAUUUCCAGAAAGCUGUAGAGGAUGGUAUUGUUGAGAAGGAUGGUAAAAGUUAUACGUUUGACGAUUUCUGCUACAAGCCAAUAGCCGGCAAACCUUGUCUGAUUACUUCACCAAUGGGAUUCUGGAAGAUGAACCAGACAGCCAUACCUACCACAGCUGAACAAGUUAAGAUUGAUGCUCAAUGUAUCCCUCGGCCAGACCAGACUGGAAGAAUUUGCUUUGAUAGAACGGGAGUGCCAGUUCAGGUCGGUGCAAUUUUUGGAGGAACCACUUGUGUAAAAGAUGAUUCUCAGCCUUGUGCUCCUUGUAGGAUAGAUGCAUCAGCCUAUAUGGUCACCUUUCUAUUGAACAAUAAUGACUAUUCAAAUCCGGUUGCUGAAGAGUGGGAGAAGAAUGUGUUCCAACGCAAUGUUAAAACUUUCAAUUUAUUUGCAGAAUAUCAUACCGAGCUUCCCCCAGGAGUUGACGACUACAACCAAACCCUUUAUGAUCAACUCAAAAGUGUCUACGAGGGGGAUCAGAAUGAGAGCAUGCUGAAAUUAAAGAUUGAUUAUCUCUCUGAAAGAUCUAUUCCGGACGAAUUGGGUAAAAUUGGAGCCCAAAAUCAAUAUGUAAUCAUGAUCUCCUACCUUCUCAUGUUCAUUUAUGUAGGAAUGGCUCUUGGAUAUUUCCCAAGUUUAGUUCACAAUAGAUUCUUACUUGGAUUUACAGGAAUAAUAGUUGUCCUAAUGUCUUUGGCUAUCGCUAUUGGUAUUACCUUCUUCAUGAAUAUCCCACUGAGUCUAAUAUCAACCGAGGUCGUGCCGUUCCUUAUUUUGGCUAUUGGUGUUGAUAAUAUGUUCAUUAUUGUAAGAGCGGAGCAAGAAGUAUCAGAUAAAGCCGACCCAGAAGAAAGAGUCGCACUAGCUUUGAAAGAAGUAGGGCCAAGUAUCUUCACUGCUGCCUUCUGCGAAUCUCUUGCUUUCUUCGUUGGAAUGUUGACCAGGGUGCCUGCUCUUGAAUCCUUCUGUUUAGUUGCUGCUCUUGGUAUCAUGGCUGACUUCCUCCUUCAGAUUACAUUCUUCUGUGCUGCACUUCACCUUGAUGCUAAACGAAUCAGAGCUGGCAGAUGGGAUAUUAUCCCUUGCAUGAAAUCAAGAGAAAGAAAAGGACCAAGAAAGCCGAUCGUUAGAACUCUUUUCCAAAAGUUCUACGUACCUAUUCUCUUCAAUAAGAAGACUGAGAUGAUAGUUUACUUCAUCUCAAUCCUACUUCUUGGACUUGGGGUAACUGGAUGAGUUCUCUUAGAUCUGGGUCUGAAUCAGAAUGUAUCAUUGAUCACAGAUUCUGACACUUAUGAUUUCUUCAACACAUUUACGAAGUAUGGAGAAGCAGGACCACCUGCUUAUCUUGUGUUCAAAAAUAUUGAUUAUAGAGAUGAUGAAAAUAUAAACACUCUCGCUGAUAUUGCUGAUGGACUUUCUCAGCUCAAUGACACUGUGAUUAAACCUGUCUACUCUUGGGUCAAAUCCUUCCAACAGUUUACAACUGACGGAGAAUGGGCAGACACUUGUGGCUCCAAAGCAGCUAUGAACCUUGGAUUUGAUGAUGCUAUGCGAGAAUUCGUAAAAAUACCAAUUGAUAGUGACUGAUGUAACUUAUAUGGUAUAUGUGGAGAGCAAUAUGUUGGAGAUAUUGUUUUUAACAAUGAUGGAAAGGUUAUCUCAACAAGAUUCAGGUUCCAGCACACAAUGACUCAUAAUGAUGAUGACUACAUCAGAGGACUUACAGAGACUAGAAAAGUUGCUGAUAGUUAUGCGGGUAAACUGCACACAGUUGAUGAACUUAUUGAUCCUGAAGGAACAUUCAAGGGAGUCAAGCCUGUAUUUGCAUACUCUCUCUUCUAUGUCUUCUACGAUCAGUACACUUACAUUAGAGGAAUCCUUGUUGAAGAUACUUUACUAGCACUUGCUGCUGUUCUUCUAGCUAUUGAGAUCAUCACAAAUGUCUGGAUCGGACUAUUUGUUGUACUCUGUGUGUUCUUAGUUUCGUUCGAACUCCUCGGUGUUCUUUGGCUGUUUAAUCAGAUCUUUGGUGGCUUCCAAAUCCAACUAAAUGCAGUAACAGUUGUCAAUAUUGUUAUGGCACUAGGAUUCAGUGUUGAGUUCUGUGUCCAUAUUGCUAUUGCAUUCAACAGAUUCCAUGGAACCAAGCUUUCAAGAGCCAAGAGAGCUAUUUGGCACAUGGGAAGCUCAGUAUUGGUAGGAAUUGGCUCGACAAAGUUUAUCGGAGUCAUUGUGCUUGCUUUCGCACCAUCAAACCUUUUCAGGCUCUACUACUUCAGAAUGUACUUCUCGAUCAUCAUCCUUGGAUUAUUCAAUGGUUUAAUGGUGAUUCCAUUACUUCUGAGUAGAUUUGGCCCUGAACCUCAGACAAAGCCAAAACCAAAGCAAAUUUAGUGUCAAUAAUCUUUAUUCACAGAAUUUCAAC